GGGUGGAGUGGCAGAGUAGAAAGACAAGACAGUCAAGCAUUGGCCCCUCACAACACACACAGACACGUUUCGGAAGUGCGCUCAUUUUUCACGUUUCUUCCAUCAUGCUGCAUCCUCUAGUCAUCGGCAUUAUGACCGUCAACACCUCUCUCACUGUCGUCUACUGGGCCUUCCUCCUAGGUGACGUCUACUUCAAGUGGAUGACAGAGCCGGAGGACAAGCCCAAGAAGAUCGUCACCCCUGCCUGAGGCGCCAACAUGAGUCCAACUGACACAAGUGUUGUCUAGGACUGUAGUCAACUUUUAGAGAUUCUUUUUGGAGUCUUCUUUUAGAUUUUUAUUUUCUAGAGAAUGUUCCAGUUUCACUGUAAGCAACAGGGAGGAAAGAGUCAAUGAAAAAAGGUAAAAGGCGCUGACAUGCAAAGAAAAUCCUAAUCAAGGAUUACAAAGGAGAGCACCUUGACAGUUCCGGCCAACCCUCCUAACAGAAAUUUUAAGACGGCAACGCUUUGACAUCUCACUCAACAUGAGCGACUUCUUCUGCGGUCUGCACCCGUUCGCCUUGUUUAUUCUCUUUGCAAACGUUGCAGUCAUCAUCCUGGAAUGGCACUUUAUCAUCACUCGCUUUGUGCAACUUAACUUGCCGCGGGAAGAAAAUAAAACAAAUCCUUAGAGGAGGAAUAUGAAGGACUUCUGGAUUACCCCGUCAGAAUUUUUGUUUACAUUGAUGAUGCACUUGACACCCACUACUUUAGAAGAUCCUUUAUCGAAGGAAAAGAUCUGAGAAGGCAACAAAUCUUCAUUUCCAGACUGGAUUCUUGGCCCCAAACCAGUGGAGGAUCAUUAUGAGCUAGACAGAACAACAGUAGAAGAAAACGAUCGACUGAGUGGUCACCAGAUGGAGAGAGAUGACGUGAAAAUGGAGAGAGAGAGAAAGAAGGGACAUUGCCAGGAUCCAAACUUCCAUCCCAUCCUCCUUCUCCGAGAAGAAGCGACCUCCGUUCAUUGAGAGAGAGAAAAGAAACACAAAUGGAUCGACGAUUGAGCCCUUACGUCAAAUUCCUUUAGGUCACUUGACGAUGUCAUCUCAUCUGUUUGUCAAUCGACUGCAAUCUCUGUAGAUGAAUGCUUUUUGUUGUCUUCUUUCACCGUGUACUUCAUUGACACAUAAUGACGACAAAGCUCUUGUGAUGACACCUUAAGAAUGGAAUCUGGAGUCUAUGGUCAAUCGUUUUAUUUCGCACCCUAAUCACAAGAACAAAUUAAUUCAAUUGAAAUUAAUGUAGAAAAAGAAAUAUAUUUACAUUGUACUGAAUACAAUUCCCUGGGCUGUCAUUUCCAUGUUCCUGUCAAACGAAGCUUUUUUUUUUUUCCUUCCAGUAAACAACUUAACAAUACAAGUUGUCUCGUCUGCUCUCAUUAAUCCAUCUUACCUUCCUACGCACAUGUAAUACCUGCACUGCUCAGCUAUUGUGAGCCUAAGGAUUACUCAACAUCAGGAUUAUUAAACAUUGAAUGGAUGAAGAUAUUUUCACGACUGAAAAACCUAAUAUAGUUGCGUUAUCUAAUAAAUGUCAUCUUAAUUGUUGUGUUUGGGUGGCUGUGUUACUAUUGUAGAGAAAAAAAAGUGUCACACAAGUAACACACACAUAGCACUGCAACCGUGUCAUAAUAAAAAAUGACCAUCUAACCUUGAGCACCUCAAGCUGCUCUAAUCUCUUUCCUAUGAGCUCGGCUCAACAUGCACACACUGACAGUGCGGAGUUUUCUUUCCAAACUCAGCACCGCAAUCUAGGUCCUCACUGAAGCUUCGUGAAGUUCUCAAGAUCCAUGGAAGUGCCGGUGGACAACUUAAAGAUCCGUUAUAAAGAGGACGAUGGGACGGUGUUGUUUGAGAGCUACAUACCUCCUUCCAGGGAUGCUAUCCACCUGCCGACCUAUGUGGUCUAUCUCCUCAUGGCCAUAUUCAUCGUGCUGGGGGUUCUCUACGCCAUCAUCGGCCACCUCAUCAAGGAUCUCAUACAUGACUUUGCAGACUGGCUCUUGGGGGAGCAGCCUGAAGAAGUGGUGGUCAACUAUUGUGAAGCCAAAGACAAAUUUGUGGCCGACUGGUGUCCAGAGACCACGCCGGAGCUGCAGGAGAUGGCCCGAGCUGAGGAGAACAGGAUGGCCGAAAAGGACUUCAUGAAGUCGCCGCCUAUCUGGAUCAUCUCCAAGGAGCCUCGAGGGACCAGGACAGGACCCCGAGUGGUCUUUGGGAAGAGGAGUUGAAAAAAUGUGGACUCAGAGACUAGCUUUAUAAUAACAUGACCGAGUAGUAAAGCUUCCUGAUGAUAGGAGGACAUCUAGUGUUUAUUAUAGGUAGUGCUGCUGGAUGGGGAAUUGCAUUGGGAGAAUCUAUAUAUGAAGCAAUAUUUAUAUAUCAUUUAUUUUAUCAUACGGCGGUUUCUUUUUACUGUAGAACCAAAUUUAUAAUUCUCUCUGAGACACAAUCUUGUACACAACUGCAAAUCACAAUUCUAAAUUAAAUACAUGUCAGUAAAAUAAUGUGCUUCUUUGUUUGAUACGAAUCUUGCAUUAAAUCUCAUUUAUUAGUGCACGAGUACAAUUAAAAGAAGCCAACAAAAUCUUCUGUGAUGGUGAAUGACUUUUGUUCCACUUCUUUCACUCUCCUGAAUGUUCUUUGAUUCCAUUCAUCAUUUUACACAAUGUCCCUAUAGGCGAGAUUGUGGAACAGAUUAGAUUACUUUGUCCUUGUUAAAAGUAUCACCUUAAUCCCAUUUCUUUAACUAACUUCAAACGGUGCUCUAAUCUUAUUAACUGUUGCUCCCACCAAAUAGUCUUAACUCUGCUGAAAGGUGCGCUUGUAAAGCGCAGUUUAAAAAAAAAAGAACAUACUGUAGCUUGCCAUAACUUCUGCUUGCCAGAAUCUGAGCUGGACUGUUUAUUUAAGGAGCAGGCAUGCGGCUG